AUGCAGCUCUCGUCCAUUGUCGCGGCUGCGCUUCUGCCACUGCUGGCCGUCGCCCAGACCUCCACGACUACGUCGACCAUGACCAUGACUAAAUACAUCACCAUCCAAAAGGCCGCCUCCACCUCGAGCGCCUUCGCCUCGACCUCGAGCAGCUUCGCCGCCAUGAACUCGACCACGUACAUGCCUACCGGCACUGGUGUCUCAACCAUCUCGAGUCUUGUGCCCACCACCACCGCUGGCGCAGAUGGUUCCCCGACAACUGUUGCGCCGACUGUCAGCCCGAAAAUCGACAACACCAACACCAACGGCGGUGUUUCCGUCGGCGCCGCGCAAGUCGCCUUCGCCGGUGUUGCUGGUAUGUUUGUCGCGGCUCUGAUGUAG